ACUCGUCUUUGUGCACACUCACUCUCUUGGCAUAAACACGAUGUUGACUAAGAUUUCUAUGGUAGUCUAAGGUAAAUACCCUUAGCAAACGGACGACGGAUUGUGACGCCUAGUGAUAAUUCGCAAUGGAAAGCAGCAAAGUUCUAUCGGCAGCAAUUUUCAUGUUCACCAUGCUGCUUAUAACAUGCAUAGGUGUUUUUGUGGUACCGGCUUUAAUAGAUCUGGAAUAUGAACCCGCGGAAAAAUGUCCUUUUCGUGAUACCGUUGAUCUUUCGAAUCACACAGCGCAUCGAAAUGGUUCAUAUCUCUAUGAUGGCAUCUGGAUAAAUGCAAAUCAAACGUCGUCGUAUAAGCACCGUUUAAAGUUUCUCGAUAAACCACAACCCAGCGAAUUGCAUAUUCGUGGUUGUAUCUGUGAUCGGACCAAACAUACCUAUUGCGUGAGAUUAUGUUGCGAACGAGGUAAAUAUUUCAAGCCCACUUCCCGACGUUGUGAAAAGCUGAGGGAUGUUCACCACAUGCCAAACGAAAUGGAGAUUCUGAUGAGAAAUAAAACACGUACGAAAUGGAAUAUUUUUAAACAUUUCGUUAUACAACACGGAACGCCAUGUGAAAAACCGGAAAUCAUUUCCCUGACGGAAGAUCCUUGGAUAUUGCGAGAGGAUGGAUAUCUAGCAAUAGAUACUGAUAAUACCACUCUGGAUACGGUGAACUAUUGUAUAUCGCCUCAAUAUGAUGGACAAAGUCAAAUUCCCAAAUUGAUGGCCAUGAGUUGUCCGAUGAAAACUGAAAAAACCCCUUCGAUGGUGCUGAAUACAUAUGGUAUUGCUAUAUCGGUGGUAUUUUUUAUACCUACCAUCCUUAUACAUUUAGCGGUGAAGGAAUUGCGUAGCUCAUUGACAGGCAAACUACAAACAUGCUAUCUAAUUGCCCUGGCAACUGGAUACUCAAUAAUGGGCUACAUUAACAUGACACAAGGACGUUGGCCAGUCUCAAAAUGCCGAUCAAUUGGUUUCACGGGAUAUUACUUCUUUAUGUCAGCCUAUUUAUGGUUGGGCGUCCUCUGCUACGAUAUGUGGAAAACAUUUCGAGAAUGUAAAAUCAACAACGAGAAGAAUCGGGAUAAUAUGAACCGUUUCAUUUUAUAUUCGGUUUUUGUUUGGGGUACCGCCGGCACGUUCACAUUGUUCGUAAUAUGGGCCCAACUUACCAAGGUCAUAAUGGAGCAGUAUAAACCUGGCAUUGGGUUGGAAAUGUGUUGGAUAGACACUCGUAAAUGGUCUGCAGCUUUAUAUUUUUACUUACCGAAUUUUGCGAUUAUGGUAUUUAAUAUUACUGCUUUUUUCCAAGUGGCCAUGGUGAUAUAUGAGGUCAAAAGAGACGUGUCAACCUACGAAACGAAUAGAGAGAAAAAACGACGCGAAAAUGUGCUUAUCAUUCUACGUCUCUUCCUGAUCAUGGGCAUAUCCUGGAUAAUGGAUAUCAUAUCGUACUGUUGCCGCAAAUACGAAUCGCUGGACUUUCUAUUCGGCAUAACCGAUUUUAGCAAUGCCUCACAGGGUGUUUUGAUAUUUUUCCUAUUUAUACUUCGACAAAAUGUUUUAAUUGCAAUUAAGGAACUUUUGUACAGAUUUGGAAUAAUCAAACGGCCUCCUGCUCCUCCCAUAAAAUGUCAAGGCAUUGGCCGGACAACAGAAGGACAAACGUCGAAAAAGAAUACUUCUUCAGCAAGAAUAUCUUCUAGAUUUUCUGUUUCGACGGCACCACCAUAAAGGGCAAUUAUGUUGUUUAUGUAUUUCAGAAUGGCUUCUAAGAUACAAGUACAUGUUAUAUGUUUAUAUUGACGAUAAAUGUUUAUAAGCAAAUACAUAUUUGAAGUGUUGUACAAAGUCA